AUGGCUUUGCGGUACCAGCAGCAGGAGAGGCAACAGCAGCGCUACAAACGGUGCCGCGAAGAUGAGCACCAGCUGGAGGAGGACACGAGCAAACGGCGCGACCACUUUCAGGCGGCUGACCCAGAUGCUGCUGCUGAGCCUGAGACCUCGGUCAGUCUGGCUUCUGUGAGCAAGACUGUCUUAGCGCCUUACAAGUGCCCAGUUCCAGGCUACAGCGGUCCGUUGGGCUGCCGAGGCACGUUGGGCGUGAAACGCAAGAUGCAAGACCUGUACUACAGAUAUCAGCCGUCCCGCUCGUACGGCAACUGCGACGAUGCUGACGACGGUGAUGAUGAUGGUGACGAUGAUGAACGGCGCCGCCAGCUGGCCCAGUACGGCGAGGCUAGCGAGGCCACGACUGUUGCUGGUGGCUGCAGCCGAGGACCGCCGACGUUGUUCCGACCCAUAGAGUUUGAAGAGGGCGACGACGAUGGCGACCGUACGGCAGCAAGCCCGAUGGCCGCGACGGCGACAUCCACUCGUAGGCCAGCACCGGCGGCUGCAGUAGCGCCGCCGCCGCCGCCCCGCAAUCGCGGCCCGCAAAUCAUUCCGCAGCUCCGACGGAGCAGCAGUAAGGUCGUACGGGUCGGGGGCCUGGCGGAGGCAGCCGCCGCGUUGGCGACUGGCGGCGCGAUUGCACCGCCGCCACUGCCGGCUCCUCUGCUAGUCAACACACCGCCGCCGCUGACGUCAGAGACCGGCGAGCCGCUGACUACGGGUCUACGGGAAAUGGAAGACUUCCUGUCCAGCCUGACGGCGGCGGCGGCGGUGCCGGUGCCGCCGCCGCCGCCGCCCCCGCUGCCGCAGCUAGCAACAGGACCAACGGCUCCAACACAAGACCUGCUGGGCAGCCGGCGCUCACUUCGCCAAGCCCGACUCCCACUGCGCUCACCUGAUACGGCAGAUGCCGCCGCCACCGCCGCAGUCGUCGAUGUGACCAUGGGGCUUCGGCAACAUGGCGGCGCAGCGGUCGACGGCGCGGCGGUGGAGGCCGCCGGGGCCGCCGUCGGCAGCAUGGACACAGGUACCCACUUCCGGCCGCCGUCACCGGUGCAGCCGUCGUCGCCACCUCCAAGAUUUGUGCUGGCGGCCUCGCCAGCGGCGGCGUCACCCUUUCCCGGUCCCGCAGGCGACCGCAGCGCGACCACGCCGCUGGCGGAGACUGCGGAGACAUUGGGCUUUUGUAGCCCGGCGGCGGCGGCGGCGGCGUUGCGGCGGCCAUUGACCUUUGAUGCCCGCGUGGGUUUGUCUGGGCUGCCGUCCCCGUCGCCGUCGGCAGCCGAGUCACUGCGUCAUGCCGACGGCGACGGCGGGCCCCGAUCAGACGAUGGCGGGAGUCAGGCGUCAGCGGCGUCCUGGCCAGUGGCAACGGAGCCGCCCGGGGAUCCGCCGACGGAUGCCGUACAGCCUUUAAACGCUGCCGCCGCGGCGGGUGCAGCCACGGAGGAUCAUGACACAACCGAACAGAUCACAGGUUGUGGCGGCAGCGAUGACGUACCUGCCGCCAGGAGUGCGCCGCCGCCGCCUGGCUCGCCGAUAAGGAUGGUGUGUGAGGACGCGCAGGGUGCUACCAAACGCGCUCUGGAUAAGCCUUCGGAGCAGAAACAUGAACAUGUGACCAUGUCCCGGUCCCCGUCUCGGUCCAAAGGUUCUAUCGCAGAUGAAGGUCAUAGUGGCGGAAGCGACGGGAAGAGCGGCGGCGGCGGCGGUGACAGUCGUACUGUUGCUCCUGCCGCUGUCGUUGCGGAUGAUGAUGCCGCUGCAGACGCAUAUGGACAAGAGGUUCCUUUCGGGAGCGGCGGUGACGGGGAGGAUGGAGGUGACGGGGACGCGGUGCGCAGUCGCAGUACGAUUAUGUUGGCAGGGCGACGAGUACUACAGCCGCCGUCACUCGGGAUGGAGGACAGGGGCGGCGGCGGUGGCGGCGGCGCUGCUGUCGCCUCCGUGGCGGUGAUACGAGGCAGGCAGGAUGGGUUGUUGUCCAGGCAAGAUGACGCCGGCGGCGAAAGCUCAGCGCUGCCACCAGCGGAGGCGGCGGCGGAGGCGCCAUCGCUGGCGGUUGUGUCAGGCACCGCCGCAGCCGACGGCGGUGGAACGAGCCUUCUUGGCUUGCACGCUGCAGAGGUGCCAACGGCUGGGGUGGCCAACAUUCGAAAAUACGGCGAAAGUGGUCAUGGGGGCGAUGGGGGCGGGGACGAAAGUGACGGCGGCAGCGGUGCCGCUGCCGCCUCCACCGAGCGGGAGGUGGCCGCAGGGGCUGAGGAGCAGUUGGUUUCGGAGCCCUACACAGCCAGCCUCGCGUGGUCCCGGAAUCUUUACCAUUAUCCUCCUGAUGCUGCCUCUAGCAUCAGUCUUCGGCAUGCUAGACUGUUCUUCGCUGUGAGCGCUCUGCGAGAUUCAGAGACACCGCUGGCGAGCCCUGUGAGCGGUGCACCGCUGGCGAGCCUCAGCACCGCUGGCGAGCCUCAGCACCGCUGGCGAGCCUCAGCACCGCUGGCGAGCCCUCGGCGAGGGUCAAGCUCCAGCGACGAGGACGGCCUUCACCUUUGCACCGACCUCGAAGACGACGUUUUAGACCAACAGCAAAAGGCUCUUCGAACAUCACCAGAGACUUCAGUUUCACAGGAGCAUAAUAAUGAAAAUGAGUCGCCUCAGCAACAACAGCAGCAGAAACAGAAAAAGCAAGGAGGAGCGCAUGGUUCCAAUUCGGUGGUUCGCGGCGCGCGACAGCACCAGCAGCAGCACCAGCACCUGCACCACCAACACGCCUCCAAGGCCGCUGCCGCCAACAAAUCUCAAACAGGCGCUGUCGGCAGCACCACCGACACCCAUCAGAACUGUGGUCGCAGCAGCAGCGGCAGCGGCAGCAGGCGAGCGGGGUCCUGUCUUGGCCUCAUGGGUCGCCGGCCGUUGGGGCUGUUGUUAUCGCCCUCACCCCCCGCCGGUGGGGCGCAUGCGGGUCACCAAGGCGGGGAGCGGGGAGCGCCCCUCAACACCAAGCCGCAGCCGUACAAGUGCCCAGUUCCCAACUACCGAGGGCAGCUGGGGGCGCGAGGCACUCUGGGCAUGAAGCGAGCUCCCCUGGCGCCGCUGCAGCAGCUGAUGGGGCAGCUGAAGACGGUCAUAUCACCGGAGCGGGGCAACACGCGCAUGAGACAUAAACCUAUCCAAAGAACGUCGAACGACUCUCAGACUCUCAUGUGGCGGCGACAUCUAUAGAGGUAGCUACCUCCUGAACCCGGGAAGAUCCCUGCAGGUUCAGCUGACUAGUUUCCCCCUACACCAAGCACUAUCCCUUCUGAGGUCCGAGCUCCCAAGGCCACACUACUAGGCUAAAAGACUCGACCGAACCAACCCCGUCCCGGCCCGCCGGCUGUCCAGCCGCCCCUCAGCGGCCGUUUGCCACAAGCCUGCAGCUGGCAGAGCCUGGCGCGGAGGCGUCUGCGAUUGACCGGCGAAAAAGGGAAAGGGAAACUUGUUAAUCCAUGAUUGAUUUCUUUUCAGAACUAGCCAGAGACACAAUGGAUUUCAAGCUAAAUUGCGUUCCCCAAUCCACUUCGAACU